UGUAGUACAUCUUCAUAUGUACAUUGGUAACUCAUACUUUGUACAUAAAGCGAUCAUGAUGGUUCUUCGUGUGUAUUUGAUUGUAUUGUCGUGUUUGACUGUUGUUCUUUGUACUGAACAUGAGGAUUUUCAAACGAAUAUAACAUCACCUAAAGAUAUGUACGUCGUGCGUGCAACAGUGUACCAAGUUGGAAUACUUACGAACCAGACUAAUGAAACUUCUGAUUCAAAUACUGGUCAUCAGGAGGCGAUCACGUUUUAUCAUAAAAAUGGAUCUAAUAUAGAUUUGAAUGCGAUUCACGACCCUUUACUAACAAAUGUAACGGCAGAGAAAAUGGUUGGUGUUGCACCUAUUAUCAAUAAUACUGUACCGUGGGCAGCACUCAGACAAUUGGUUUCAGGAAAAUCUAACCCUCCUAUUAAUGAACAUACAAAUGUUGAAAAAACGAAAAGGGACGUUUCGGAAAGGCCAGUUGAAAUUAUAAAGGGAGCAGCUGUCAUCCCCUCCGAGGCAGGCGUGCAAUCUAUCGCAUUGCCUCCCCUUGUAACCCUCAAUAAAAACCUAUCUAAAAUACCAGUUCCAAUUCCGAAUAUGUCAGUUGUAAGUUAUGCUAAAGUGAAUACUGUAUUUCAUUCUACCUAAUCCGAUAGGAAUAUUAAUUGUAAAGUACCAAAGUGAAAUCAAAAUGUAAUAAUAUAUGUAUGUUACAUGAUGGUAGA